GGGAAGUCCAGGGCUGGGUUUACUUUAUGUACUAUUUGAAACUUUAAAAACACACAACUGUCUCUCUGUUCUGAGCAGUGGGACUUGGGCAAAGCUGAGAUAUCCGAGGGUCGGGCUUGUGAUUUGGGAUGUGGGGUACUGGGGACCACCAGACCGGCAGUGGAACUCUGCGGGCUGGAACAGCUGCGCAAAUUAGGGGGUUUCCCAGCCGCGUUUCUUACAGGAUCCCUUCAAACAGCUGCACGACAAGCAGAAAUGCGACCAGGGCGCGGGGGGGGGGGGGGCUGCUGUCACCGCCCCCUUUCCCUUGUAACUCGCCGGUUUGUAUAGCUUUGCAGCGUCGGGGAAGACAGAGCAAAGGCGGCUCCUGCGUUUGCCAUAAUCUGAGACAAAGAAGACGCAUCUUUACACUCCCAGGCUUUUAACUAAUAUUGUUUUAGUGCUGUUUUAAAAUAUUGUUUUAAAAUUUUUAAAUUGUUGUAAUGUUUUGAACGUUUUGUUUUUGUUUUAACUAAUGUUUUACUUUCUGUUUUUAUUUUAACCCCUGCUAACUUGGCAACCCCUGCUAAACUUGGCAAAGAGGCACCUUUUAACAUGGUGAUUCUCUUUAUUUAGCAGGGAGAGAGUAACUGGCCCCAUCCACCCCCAGCACAGUGCUUCCAGUGACUGUUGCUGGUGUCUAUCUUGUUUCUUUUUAGGCUGUGAGCCCUUGGGGGACAGGGAUCCAUCUUAUUUAUGUAUUAUUUCUCUGUGUAAACCGCCCUGAGCCAUUUUUGGAAGGGUGGUAUAGAAAUCGAAUAAACAAACAAAUAAACCGCCCAGAGACGUAAGUUUUGGGCGGUAUAAAAAUAUGUUAAAUAAAUCAAUAAUAUGGUGACCGUCUUGGUUGCUGAACCACCCACAUCCCUCCCUCUCUGCCCUUGGGUGGUGAGAAGCCCCUCCAGUCUUGGCAGGGAAGGGAGUAAGGAGUGCCCAGCCACCGCUUGCCAGCAGACAAGGGAGUGAGACGGCAUGGGAUGGGAUGGGAUGGGAAUAGCAUCACACAGGGGAGAAGCAGCCCAGUGUGAUUAUAUGCAAGCCGCUGGGAUCCUUCUGGAUCAAAUGAUGGGACAGAAAACCCACAAAACAAAUACUUUUAUCUUGGAGUGGUUUCUGGGUACAGGGAGAGGAGUGAGGGGUAAUGGUCAAAGUGUGGGUGUGUCACGUGGUCUGUACUGACCAGCUUUGGGAAAGCGACAGUCUCUGCCUGCUUGGCAUCUGACCCUGGCGUCUGACCUUUAGAACAUGACAAAAGCUGAUCUAGGAAGAAGUAAUGUCUCAAAGGAAUGGAAACGUUUCCAAAAUCCUGCUGAGAUGCUUGUAGAAUGAAUGCUAAAGAAAGGCGGGUAAAGCAUAUCCCAUUUGAGAAUGUAAGUGGUGGUCACCACUUAUUGUGCCUCAGAGGAGUCCCAGUCUAAGAUCUCUAGCUCUUCUUGCUUUGUAGGUUUUAGGCGUGUGCUUGUGUCACUGAUUGCAAAUGAACAUACGAAGCUGCCUUAUAUGGAGUCAGAUCUUUUGGGCUCAUUGUUGUUUACACCAGUGCUUUUCAGCUUCAUCAUAGUAUGGACGGGUGAUACUUGGCCCCAUUGCUCUUUGGUGUCUGCAGCUAUCAGUUCAGUAAAUGAGGCAGUCUGUUUCUUAAGAGGCAGAUGGGCUGUCAACCUUGUCCUAUUUCCUUAGUCCCUCAGCAAACACAGAGCCCUACCCUGAGGUUUUUUCUUCAUCUUGGUGACACUGAAAAGCAGAAAAGCAGAAUGCUAACUCCCUUCUCCGGGGGAGGAUUCUGUCUUUUUAAAUAAUACCUUGCUGGUAUCCCAUAUUUCAAGCUUCCCAUUAAAAACCUUCUAGGGCUUUAAAGUCACUUCAAGGGCUCAAUUCAAAGUGCUAGUGCUAACUUCUAAUGCCCUGAGUGGUCUUAGCUAGGACCAGAAUACCUUAAGAACCACCUUCUCCCUUAUGAACAUGCCCGAGCCUUUGGUUAAUCCUUGGAGGCCUUGCUGUGUCCCACCUCCAUCACUGAAACACUGGGAGGGUAUGAAAUGGGAUUAUGGCAAUGUCAACAUUGUGGAAUGCUCACCUUGAGAGGAUCCAUCAGGCUCCUUGCUUUUCCAUAAGGAGUCAAGCACUUAAGCCCCUCUUAUUUCAGCAGGCUUGUAAUUGCAAAAUGUGGCUCGAUCUGAAGUUCUAAAUGAUUUGUUCCAAUGGUGGUGCCAUGAGUCUGAUAUUAUGGGCCAGUUCUCAUGAGCAAAAUAAUGUUGGUUAGAUGGGAAUGCAUUCCUACAGCACAUGUGCUCCCAAUUUCUGGUCAUGAAAUUUCAAGGGUUGGCAACAUUUAACUGAGAUGAACAACUGGACUUCAAAAUCUUAGAUUAACAAUCUCAGAUAAAUAUCAGGUUGGCAUGUUGCCAACACAUUGCCAAAAUUUUUCAGAAAUCAGGAGUGUGUGUGCUGCAGGGAUGUAUAGAUUCUACUCUAACUGAUGUUGUUUUGAUUGUGAGACCUUGCCCAAUAUUAACUUUGUUUUUAAAUUGUGCUUUUAUUGAUCAUGUUGUUUUGUGAUAUACAUUAGAUAUGUUGUUAGCUGCUUUAAAUAUAGUUUUAUAGAAAUGCAGGAGGAAAAGAGAUUAAAUAAAUAGAUCAGGGCUGCUCAACUUCAGCCCUCCAGCUGUUUUUGGACUACAGCUCCCAUAAUCCCUAACCACAGUGGCCAAUAGUUAGGGAUUAUGGGAAUUGUAGGCCAACAUCUGCAGGAGGGCCGAAGAUGAGCAGUGCUGAAAUAGAUUAAAAGUGAUUGUGAUGACAGUAGCCAAUGUAAGGCUUUUGCAGGAAUAUUAUUUAUUAUUUUAUUUAUUUAUUUAAAACAUUUAUUUACAGACCAAAACUUGCAUCUCUGGGCGGUUUACAAUUAAAAUAACUGAAAACACAAUAUUGAAUCUUGAGACUCCCUUCUGGUCUUUUUUAUUUUUAUAAAGUAAUUUUCUAGUCUUCAUGGUUCUGGAGGUAAGCCUGGAAAUGUAUUGGUAACAAUGUUCCAGGAAAACAGAACCCACAAUAUUUCCCCUUCCGUUAGGACCCUCUUUUAGUUACCAGUGAUAAACAGGUGAUAUUAUUAAUAGACUAGCUGAUCCGUGGCAGAGUUUGCCGCCGCCUUCUUCCCCCAACCCCACCACCACUUCUUUGCUUGCCCACCCACACCACAUUCUCCCCCCACCUGUCUUCUUCCCCGUCCCGUCCCGCCCUGCCUGCCACCUUCAUCUUUCCCCACCCGCCCCCUGCCCUUCUUCUUCUUCUCCCCCUGUCCACCCCUGCUGUGGUUUUCUGUCUGCCGGCCAGCCAGCCAGUUGCCAGUCGUGGCUACCUGCCUGUCUGCCGGUUGCAGCUGCCCACCUGUCUCUUUCUUUGGCCAGCCACCACCACCGCCACCAUAUUCUCAAUCUAGCCUGUCCCCGUUGCUAUCAGCAGCUGCUUGCAAACUCUCGCGAGGGCUGCCACGCAUGGGAUUAGCGAUGGGCACGUCUAAGAGAAUGGAUAGAUAGAUUUUGAUGAAACCUAAUAAGCUAAUUUACCCCUCUUUUUCUAUUAUUUGAGCAGCAUAUUUCUCAUCUGCAAACAUCUUGCAACAUCUGAGAUGGACCAAGAGGAGGAGGGUAAGGAAGAAUGCUCAGAGGAUAAGAAUCGCCUUGCAGGAACGGAGAAGAAGGUGGAGGCAGCUGAACCUGCAAGCAAAAAGGGAGAAGAUGGUCGGUUUACAUCAGGGACAAAAAUUCAGGGAAGUUUAGCAAACUCAGCAGUGAAACAUCGGCGAGUGGGCCGGGUAAUCUGCGGCGUUUGUGGGAAGAGCUUUGUCAAGACCUGUGAACUGUUCGCCCACCAGCGGAUUCACACGGGUGAGAAACCAUACCAAUGCUCAGAUUGUGGGCGCUGCUUUUCUGUCCAAUCCACCUUGGCCAGUCACCAAAGCAUCCAUACAGGUGAGAAGCCUUACAAAUGUCAAGAGUGUGGCAAGAACUUCCGGCUGAAGAGCAACUUGACUCGCCACCAGCGGGUCCACGAUGGUGUGAGACCAUACCGGUGCGAGUACUGCGGGGUAGCCUACAGCACCAAGGCCCACCUGGUCUGGCACCUCAACAGCCAUACAGGAGAGAAGCCGUACAAAUGUACCGAAUGCUGGAAGCGGUUCGGAGAGAUCUCCUUGCUGGUGGAGCAUCUUCUUUCCCACCAGGGUGAUGGUGGUGGUGAAAAAUUUGGAACCGCUACCGCUGGACAUUCAGGUAGCAGGAACCUCCACCGUUGCAGUGACUGUGGCAAGGAUUUCUGCCGGAGCACCACUUUAGCAGAGCACCGCCGCAUUCACACAGGCGAGCGUCCUUUUGCCUGUGGGGAGUGCGGCGAGCGGUUCAUGCGCCGGGCUCUCUACAAUGAGCAUGUUCGCACCCACUCUGAAGAUGGCCCGCCCAACCUGUGCAUAGCCUGCGGUAAAUCUUUUACAAAGCGCUAUUCCCUUCUUCAACACCAGAGGUCGCACACGGGAGAAAAACCCUACCAGUGCCCAGACUGCCCAAAAAGCUUCAUUGCCAGCUCUGCCUUGACACAGCAUCGGCGGAUACACACGGGAGAGACACCCUACCCGUGUCCAGACUGUGGGCGCAGUUUUAGCCAGAAAUCGGUGCUUACAACCCACCGGAGGCUCCACACGGGUGAGCGGCCGUACAAGUGCCAGGAAUGUGGCAAAGGGUUUAGCCAAAGUUCGGCACUGACCCAGCAUUUCCGUACUCACACUGGCGAGUCCCCAUACAGCUGCAGAGAGUGUGGGAAGAGCUUUAGUGGUAUGUCGGCCCUCAAGCGCCAUCACCUCACCCAUACAGGCGAACGGCCCUUUCGCUGCGACCAGUGUGGCAAGGGGUUCAAGCAGAGCUCUACGUUGGUACAGCACCAGAGGAUCCAUACCCAGGAGAAGCCCUAUGCCUGUAUCCGGUGCGACAAGAACUACAGCCAGCGGUCUGCUCUUGCUAAGCACUUGAGGACCCAUGCCAAGAGCUCCUUGCUUCCUGGCACAGACAGCGAGUCCGUGGACACCAGGCUUUACAAAGACCCAUUUGUCCAACCCCAAGAAGAUGACAACAAUAUGGAUAAUAAUGAGACUGAAGGAGACGCUGAUGAGGUACUGGUGCUUCCUCCGGGGACAUGGGAUGUGGAGGUAAAAGAGGAGCCAGAGGAAAAUGACAUUCAGCUAGAGGAAAUGAGGUCACUUUCGUGGUUGAAAAAGGAGGAGCUAGAAGAUGUCCACGUGGAACUUACAGAAGAAUUGCCAACAGUGUCCCUGUGGAUCAAAGAGGAACCUGAUGACUGAAAGAGGAGUGUGCCAGAUGUCAAGUUUGGGGUUUUUAUGAAGGAAUGAGUGGGUUUUUAUAAAGGGAUGAGUGAGCUGUUUUAGAAAUGUCUUCAUGUGACAAGGGGUUCCAGCUCAUGAUGGUGAAAGAGCAAGUUUGAUCUAAGCAUGUUUGCAGUAAUCGAUCUCUAAAGAGCGAGGUGGGAACGGAAGCCUCUCUAGAAGCCCACAUCCUAUUUGCCCAUUUGCAUUCUGUGGAUCAGUUCUAGCACCAAGCAGAAACUGAAAUAAAAAAUGGUCCUGAAAAAAAAUCAUCUUUAAAAAGAAGUGUCUGGUCCUCACAGCUGCAAGUGCAAGUCUGAUGGUAUAGGGACAGAAUGCAUUGGUGGGGGUCAUCGCAACUAACUAAUGGGAAUGCUGGAGGGCGAAGAGAAUGAGAACUGCUCCAAGGGGCUCAGAGACCUCUCCUUCCCACACUCAGACGGCAUUAUAGGAUGCAGGGCCUAAGCUGCCAGUCUUUUCCGGUCGUAAGGUCCAGGCUUUGUUCUUCUUGCGUGGCCAGGUAGUGAUGAGCCCUUCCCCACAUUGCGUUAGCUCAUAAAGACACCGCAGGGCAGUUCACACACGAUUGGUACUUGGGUAGGAGACGUGUCCUACCCAAGUCUGGAAGCUGUGCACACUCCCCUUUACCAAUUGUGUGGGAGUAAAAAGCAAGUGGGGAUGGGGAAUGACUCUCUGCUAAGCAGCAGCUGGGUCAGAGGGCUUCUCCCCCACUCAUUAAAGAGUUGGGUACAGCUGCUGGGUAGGACGUCUCCUGCCCAGGUACCAAUGGUGUGAACUGCCCUAGUGGUCUAAGUAUUAUUGGGAUAGAAGUGGAAGUUUCAAGUGGUUUGGGCAGAAUCAGGUCCAGUGUCUGCUCUCAGGUGGGAAUUGAGCAGACAUCCAAAAUAUCCAGUGUGGCUCUCCCGCCCCACAGCAUAGGAACCUGCCAUAUACCGAGUCAGACCAUUGAUCCAUCUAGUUCAGCAUUGUCUACACAGACUGGCAGUGGCUUCUCCAAGGUUGCAGGCAGGAAUCUCUCUCAGCCCUAUCUUGGAGAAGCCAGGGAGGGAACUUGGAACCUUCUGCAUGCAAGCAUGCAGAUGCUCUUCCCAGAGCAGCCCCAUCCCUUAAGGAGAGUGUCUUACAAUGCUCACACGUCUCCCAUUCAAAUGCAAACCAAGUGGAUCCUGCUUAGCAAAGGGGCCAAUUCAUGUUUGCUACCACAAGACCAGCUCUCCUCCUCUACACACAGCAGAAAGUUAUUUAAUGGGAAGAAGAUUUAGGAUCUAAAUCCUUCCUGGUGUCAGCAUCUCUGAAGCAUUGCUUGUCAUCCUUUUUUGCCAAAUGGGGAUCCUUCGCCUCUUGUUUUUAUGUUUUACUCUUUUAUGGCCUCCCGGGUUAAGAUUCCUCCACCAAAUAUUUCUGUGGUCUAGAAAAGAACACAGAAGAAACCACUGCUUCAUUAUCCCUCUCCCAGGCUGUAACUGGGGUGGGGUGGUAUUUCUGUUAUAUAAAUUGUGUGUUUUUAAGGUGCAGUAAAUCUAGAGAAAGAAAACAAGAAAUACUCUGGAGUGCAUAUGUUACAAAGUUUUCUGCAGCUUGGAAUUUGUUGAGACUCUGAAUUAAAGAGCAUAUAUUCUCUUCUGCUGAAUAACUGACAACUAUUCAAAAGAAAAAUAUGUAGCAAUUUUCCAUUAGAGCUGCCCUCAGGACAAGAUCUUAAAAAAAAAACUACAUUGAUUUGUCUGGUGAAAGAGUAUCAUCAACAGUUGAACAAAAUCACAACAAAUCAAAUCGGACAACCCAGCAGGUACCUUUUUAAAAGAAGAAAUCUGUAGAAAGGAAUUUCUACAACAAAAGUUUUAAUACCCAGUUUUAUAGGGGAAAGCUGAUAAAGAAAAAUGAAUUUGAAUAACCUUGGUUCAACUCUCAACUUAGCUAUGGGCUCAUUGGGAUGUGCAGCUUUAGCAAACUCUUAUAAUAUCCAGUUCCACAGUCUGUAAAAUAAAAGCAUUAAUGGCCUACCUCACAGGGUUGUUGUGAGGGCUAACACUAAAAAGUGCAGUGUACGUUAUAAAUAAGGAAUUGCUUUUUGUGUUU